AUGGUGUAUGGGGGCAAGCCCAGCACUGGAUGUCACCUGUGCCGCAAGCGGAAGAUUAAGUGCGAUGAAGCGCGCCCUGGGUGCCGUAAUUGUACCAUUUAUGGACGACCUUGUCCAGGUUAUCGACCUACAUCUGAUAGCGUCUUCCGCAAUGAGACCACGAAGGUUGAGCGCCAAGUGAAGAAGAGCAUAGUACCUGAUCCCACUUCUGCUAGUUUGACUGUGUCACAAAAAUCCGAGUCACCCGGAACUCUGGACCACUAUAAUGGAAACUCAAGCAUGAGCAAUAAUUCCCUGUCAUUGAUUAAUAUAGCAGAUGCGUCUUGGGAAGAGCGUGCAAUCUGUUAUUUCUUCGACCAAUUUAUAAGCCCUCCCGACAAAGAAAGUGGGAUGGGCCACUUGGACUAUCUGCCGGGGCUAUAUUCCCGAAUACGCCAGCACAAAUCUGCCUCUUCAAGUCUGCCAUGGGCUCUCGAAGCCACGGCACUCAUGACUCUGGCCAAUGUCUCGCAAGCCCCUCAACUAAUAAUUCAGGCACGUCGAGGAUAUGGGAGAGCUCUAAGUACCUUGCGUCGUGCUUUGGCUUCUCCAACUGAGGCCCUCAAGGAUGAAACAUUCGCAUCAGUGGUGCUGUUGUCCCUCUUCGAGGAUGUCACUGGUGAAAGAAACGGUUUAUUUAGCUCUCACACAGCUGGAUUUGAGUUUCUCAUGAAGCUGCGAGGUGAAAGCCAGCUUAAUAAUUCGCAAGGUCGGAAUAUGUUUAGCUUUGCAUACGCACAUACGUAUGUUGAAAUCCUUGCUUUGGGGGAUAAACCUCGGGUUGACAUGGAUUUUAUCAUCGAUCAAUUUAAUGGCACUGUUGAUCCUGUCGAGCGGCUCAUGCUUGCCACAUCUAAAAUCAGGAAGGUCUUCUUGGCUAUGCAAACGUCAUCUAGUCCACCUGAUAUAACAACCGUCCAAGAGUGGAUUGCUGCUGGCGAAGAGUGCGAACGCGAAGUGUCCCAAUGGUCUCUUCAUCUUCCAGAUCACUGGCUCCCCCUGAUAGUCUACUCCAACCAAGGCGAACCCUUGAUCACUUAUAACUCUAUCGCCUACUGCGUGGUCUGGAAUUAUCAUCGUGCCGCUCGUGUGAUGAUACAACAACUCUUACUCAAUCUUAACCAUACUCUCUCCGCCAUCCUCUCAAAAACAAAAGAACCCAAUGGCCCCCUCAUUGAGAAAGCUGCACUCGAUGAGACCAAAUUGCGAGCAGUUAUUCAAGAAAUGACCGCCGACGUUUCUCGCAGCCUCCAAUUCGCAAUGGCUGAUGUGGAUACUCUCGGUCGACCAACUGUAUCCAGUGAGGCACGAAAUCCAAGUCGAGCCGGUCAUGUUUAUGGUCUGCUUUGGCCACUCUGGUACAUUGUUUCAUGCGGUAUGCCCACGCCUGACCAAGUGAAAUUGAUCUGUACUGUGUUACACCGCAUUGGACAUACACAUGGCAUUGUCUUGGCCUCGAUUUUGGCACGAGAAGCUGAGAAAUUACCUGUUAAUGUCACCUCGAACUCCAUCCAAGCUCCUCCGCCUUAUUUUGGGGAGGUAGAACUUGCAGCUUUACUCAGAUCUCAUACAUGA